AUUGAUACUUCAGUUGUUAAUUCAUUAAACCAUACAUAGUAUUCAAAUGGUCUAAGUAUAAUUUUUAAAUUUUAGCUGUCACAUUUUAGUUUUAUUUUUAUGUAAAUUUAAUAAUAGGAAGAUAUAGAGAAGUUUUAAUAAAUAAUAGUUGAAAUAAAUUGAUAAAAAAGAAAAAUGCGUAUUGAUACGUGUUAUUUUUGUUCAUCAAAAAUUUAUCCAGGACACGGUAUGCAUUUUGUAAGAAACGAUUGUAAGGUAUUCAAAUUUUGUCGAUCAAAAUGCCAUAGAGCAUUCCAAAAGAAAAAGAAUCCAAGACGUGUAAGAUGGACAAAAGCUUAUCGUAAAGCUGUUGGAAAAGAAUUAGCAGUAGAUCCUUCUUUUGAAAUUGAAAAACGUCGCAAUAUUCCUUUGAAGUAUGACAGAGAAUUUUGGCAAAUGUCGAUGGAAGCUAUAAAAAAAGUCACAGAAAUUCAACAAAAGCGUCAAUCAACUUAUGUUAUGCAAAGGUUAAGGAAAGGACGUGAAGUUGAACAACAUAGAGACAUUAGAGAAGUUCAAAGAGACAUGGCAUUGAUACGGUCUCCUGCUGCAGGUCUUAAGCAACGUUUGGUAACUGAAGAAAAACUACUUGAAGAAGAACAUGAAAAUGAUGUGGAGAUGGUAACUGCUGAAGAAAGUGAUAAUAUUGAUCAUAGCAAACUUUCAUAUAUUAAAAUAUAAAUAUUUGUUAUAUUUCAAAAAUAUAAUGUUAUAUAAUGAGCCAUAAAAAAUGUAUAGAUAUGAUGACAUCA